UAUCCUCUAUCAUGGGCAUAGUUCAAGCGCUUUUGUCAGUCUUCCUCGACGAUGGCGAUAAGCUACGCUGUAUAAAUGCCGGAAGAUUGCGGAUAACCUUCCUGCUUCGGUCCCCCCUGUAUUAUGUUUGCGCAUCAUCGUGGGGUGAGCCAGAGUCUGUCACUCGCUCACACCUCGAGUAUCUACAUCUACAAAUACUGAGCAUCGUCACGGCAUCCCAAUUGAGACGCAUCUUCGAGCGUCGCACGAACUUUGACUUACGUAGGUUAUUAGACGGUUCGGAACCAUUUUUGUUUUCGUUGUUAGGUCGAAUGGAACUCGACCUUGCAAUGGCGACUUCUUCCUUGAAUUGUCUACAGUUGGAUCAGAACUUGCGAGCGCGUGUUGCUGAAGCACUGGUACCGACCUCAAAGAUGAAGGAUACCCUCUACAUCAUUUUAGUCGCACGGGGUCAGGUCAUAACAUUGGUGCGACCUAAAAAGCAUUCAAUACACCCUUCUGAUAUACACAUUCUGGUCAAUACCGUUUAUUCUCCGUCUAUUGUCAACUCGCCUGCAUCUGCGUCAUGGAUUCCAGUUUGUCUACCGAAGUUCAACCCCGCUGGUUUUGUCAACGCAUAUAUCACUUUUUUGCAUCGCCCUGACACAGACUAUAAAUAUUAUCAGAGGACAACACUCGAGAACAAUGAAAGUGCAGAUAUCACUGGCGCCAGUCAUGUUGCCGAAAACAGUCGUGGUGCCACUUCACGGCACACAACCAGGCUCAUAGAAGAUUCUGGCAUUGGACUUGUGUGCAUCAGCGGAGGAUCAGAGUUCGAGACUGUGCGAGCAUGGUGCGAUAUCGUCACUCAGAAAUUAAAUGACGAUGGAUCCCUCGACACGCUGGCCAGAGCUGUCGACUCCGGGAAAACACGGUACUUUGCCUCUCAGCUGGGGAUACCUGGAUUGCGUCACUUUGUUUAUAAGUCGAGGCCGCAUGUUCAAAUUACCUUACCGGCUUUUGAGGAGCCUUAUGAUACCCUCGAUGCGAGGAGAAGGAUUGUCACAUUGUACCAGAUCGUACAUGACGCCAUACACGCAAAAUCUGGGCAAACAGGAAACCUCAAGCUACAAUACCUUCGUACGGAAAAGGAAAUAGUCAUGGGUUGGAUAACGCAACCGUUCGAACUGUACGUGGUUUUAUCGCCACGGUUACCCAAGGCUGCGGUGAUCAAUGCUGCAAACGCAGUUACUCGGUGGGUGAAGAAAGAGGAAGGUCAACUUUUCCUGAGGGAUGCCCCGGUUUUUUAAUGGGCGUACUGACGAGACAAUACCCUCAUUCAUUGGCGUCGGGUGUUCUUCGGUUAAUGUUUGCUUAGUAUAACUACGAGAUCUCUGCAUCAAUCUGACCCAUCAGAAACAUG